AAAUUCCGGCGGCUGAUUUUGUAGUUUCUUUUCUAUCUGGAUGGGAAUUGUUGGUGAUAGAUUGGAAGACUCGCCAUUUCGCCGCUAAAAUUCUCCCGGUAGUCCACGUCGAUUGCGACCGAGAUCGCUGCCAUUGUAGAAGACUAGAAGAGACUGACUAAAAUUCCGGAAAUCCACAUGUCGCGUGAGAGACUCAAAAGAGGCGCGCUUCCUCCGGCCCAAGAGAAUAUUGAUAAGUUGCAGAAAGUUGUAAAUGAGGGAAAUUAUUAUGGAGCUCAACAAAUGUACAAGUCUGUCAGUGUCAGGUAUGUAUCUGCUCAGAGAUAUUCUGAAGCACUAGAUCUCCUACAAUCAGGAGCAUGCAUUCAAUUGGCACAUGGACAGGUCACCUGUGGGGCUGAGCUUGCUUUAUUAUUUGUAGAGACACUCGUGAAAGCAAAAGUUCCUUAUGAUAAUGAAACUCUUGAACGCCUUGAGAAGAUCUACAAAGCUUUUCCUCGGGUUCCACUUCCACAAAACUUGAGAGUUGAUGAUGACAUGCAACAGAUUUCUGAAGCCCUUGGAGCUGCAAAAACACGUGUGGAGGGCUGCUCCUCAUUCUUAAAAGCUGCUAUCAGAUGGUCCGCAGAGUUUGGAGCAAAUAAUUAUGGAUCUCCAGAAUUGCACAUUAUGCUAGCUGAAUACAUUUAUUAUGAAUCACCUGAGGUGGAUAUGGCUAGAGUAACGAACCAUUUCGUGAGAGGAAAUAAUCCAAAGAAGUUUGCUUCCAUUCUUGUUGAUUUUAUGGGCAAGCGUUAUCCAGGUGAAGAUGACUUGGCCAUCGCUAGGGCAGUUUUAAGGUAA